CAGAGUACUUGAAUAUUUGCGAGUUAAGAAUCGGUUGCUUUAUAUGUUUCUUUAACCACCUUUAUAUUAAAUGUCUGGUGAUUAGCCAACAUCGUACAAUCGUUUUAAUAUACCUGCCUGGAUGGCCAGGUGUAACAUACCUUUACUAUUCGUGCGUGUCUACAUCAACGCCAUUUAUCAUUGCCGAACAAUGCUUCAGCUAUUUUUUGUGAUGCUCUUAUAUUACAUUGGUACAGAUAUUCCCAAGGUAGCGAAUGACCAAAUACUUUUUUUACUUACAUGUUUAAACUUGGGUAUAUUCCUGUUGCCCACAAAGAGCCUUCUAUACGAGCUCGGAUAUGAAAACUAUUCGAAAUCAUUACUGAUUGCGCAAUCGCCCGAGGAAUCAAUCAAUAUGUCGCAAUUACGACGCGUAACGAUGAUUUUCUUUGACCUUUUCGCGUUAGUAAAACUCGUAUACGUGUCAGUAAGAUAUAUCAGAAGUAUAAACAUUAGCACAUUGAUUGGUAACCAUGACUCUAAAAAGUGGACUAACAUAGCACUAUAAUGCUUAUACCUUGCUCGUUUGGAUCAAUGUUAAUAAGUAUGAUACUAAUCCCAUGAUGGGUGCUCAAAGAGACAAGCUAAAUGAAAACGAUCAAUUGACUCCCAAAAUAAACUGGACCUGUUAGACGGGUAAC